AUGAUUACUGUGGACUUUGAUGUAGUGGAGGAGCCAUGUGAGAGGGUCAAGAACAACAGAGUAAUUGCAAAGAACGGUGGUGCGCGAGUACGGAAGAAUACUUACAGAGGAAUCAAGCGAAGGCCAUGGGGCAAGUGGGUUGCGGAAAUAAGGGAUCCAUGCAAGGGCGUUCGCGUGUGGCUCGGCACCUUCGCCACUACAGAAGAAGUCGCACACGCCUACAACGACACUGUCGUACUCAUCCGCGGAGACAAGGCUAAGCUCAACUUCCCCGAGCAUCACCGCCACCCACCCAACAUGAACAACAACCCAUUCCUCAACCCCGAGUUGACUUAG